UAACCCGCACAGUGGUAUAUUGAAGGCCCCCAUCUAGCAGACUGCUUUCUCUGGACAGCAAACACGGACAUGGCGGAUUACGAUACCUACGAUGACCGGGCUUACGGUAGCUUUGGUGGCGGAAGAGGACCCCGAGGUGCAGGCGGCCCAGGCGGACCCCGCAAGCAGAAAGAGCUCCCGACAGAGCCUCCAUACACAGCAUACGUAGGCAACUUGCCCUUCAACACAGUACAAGGAGACAUAGAUGCCAUCUUCAAAGACCUCAGUGUGAGGAGUGUGCGACUAGUCCGAGACAAAGAGACCGACAAGUUUAAAGGUUUCUGUUAUGUCGAGUUUGAUGACUUGGAAUCUCUGAAAGAGGCUUUGACGUAUGAUGGAGCUCUGCUUGGAGAUCGAUCACUGAGGGUGGACAUUGCUGAGGGCCGGAAACAAGAGCGAGGCAGUGGGUUUGGCUUCCGAAAAGACGACAGAGGCCGCGGUGCCUCACGGGGGCCCAGAGGAGGUGGACGAGACUCCAGAGACGACUACGACCACUCAGGAGGAGCCUCAGGGUUUAGAGAUGAUGACUUCAUGGGUGGGAGGAGUCGUGGAGUUGGUCGUCCUGGCGACAGACGGGGUGGCGGUGGUGGAAUGGGCCGCUACAGAGAUGGACCUCCACGUGGAGGCUCAACAGACUUCAGAGAACCCUCUGAUGAGGAAAGAGCACAGAGACCAAGGCUACAGUUGAAGCCGCGCACAGUCUCCGAACCCCUGAACCAAGUGGCCAACCCAAAUUCGGCCAUCUUUGGGGGUGCCAAACCCAGGGAGGAGAAUUGAUAUAGCUGUGUGGCUGCAUUAUUCCGGAAGGCUAGACUGGAUCUACGGGCUUUGGCCAGCAAAAAAUCUUUCAAGGUGCCAAGCUUCUCCACUUGGCUAAAGAGAAGAUGAUUGAAAACAGGCACGGCAUGGGUUAACACCCACCCGUGACUAUCUGCUAUAAAUGAACUUCCUACACACCUAAGCGAGCCUCUGAGGACAGUGGCUUCAGUUUCAUUCUGUUGCCUUUGGGUAAGGACCUUACAGUAUCUGCUUUUGUCUCCUUUUCCCAAGGCAUUAUCAUGUUAAAACAAUUUGAAAUGUAAGAAAACAAAUAAUUGCUACCCAGUUGUGUGUUCUGUAUUGCUUCCUAACUUGCUGCUCAGUUAUUGAAAUAUUUUAGUUUCCACUGUCUUAACCAUUAAACGGCUUAAAUGUUAGGAGAAUCUGAAUAGUCAUUUGUUUCGUACACAAUUCAACAUUUUGGAAGAUUUUUUUUUGACCAUGUCUGUAUAAUCCAGGUGAGAAAUGCUUUCUGCGAUAAAGACAAAGCCACACUAUGAGUAGAAGAGUGAAAUGAAAGCAUGAUAGAUAUGAACAUGGAUAUCAGCUACAGUAUCAGUCAGUCUCUUAACUUCCACAGCAUGUACUUCAUCCAAAAAAAUAAGAGGGUUAGCUGUGGAUCUCUAACACAGUCAGUAAUACUGCCUUCACAUAGGAAACUUAUUAAACAAGCAUCACACACAUUUCCGGUCAAGGUGACAUCAGGCACUCGUCUUGUCUACUAUUAGAUCAAGUAUAGAUUUCUCUUUGGGUAUCCAUGUGUCAACCAUUUUAUUUUACAUUUUACUGAACAUGAAAGACGUAGAGCAUUUUCUUACUGUACUAUAAAAAGAAUUGGCUGUUUUUAUUCUUUUUGUUUUUCUUUUCAUUUUCCUACACUGUUUAUGGCAAUAAAAUGUAUCAUCUUACAA